GAACCAAAAUAUCUACUGACAUUCUCCUUCUGUUUUCUUCCAUUAGAAAAUGACAUCCAAUAUCCCUACGAGCAUGUAUAAAUAUGUCUCCUCACAAACCUAAUUUUCAUCUCAACUAAAAGCCUUCUUAGUUUUCCUUCAAUCAAAUUUCCAAUCUUUCUCUCUCUCUUUAUUGCUAGGAUGGACCAGGUGAUGAGAUUGGCAGGCCAGAACGGGUUGGUGAUCUUCAGCAACAGCUCAUGUUGCAUGUGCCACUCCAUCAAGAGGCUCUUCUGUGAGUUUGGGGCUAAUGCAGCUGUUUAUGAGCUCGACCAGGAACCCAGAGGAAAAGAAAUAGAGGAGGCAUUAGUCAGGCUACUAGGUCGUAGGUCACCUCUACCAGCUGUGUUCAUAGGCGGUCAGCUGGUGGGCUCUACUAAUGAGGUGAUGUCUCUUCACCUCAGACCGGAUGGAAGCAGGAGCCGCUUGAUAACGCUCCUUAAAGAAGCAAGAGUUAUUUGGCUCUACCUCUAUAGUACAGCACUAAUUCUGCUAUAAUACCCUAUAAAAGAAUAAUUUAUGUACAUGUAUACAAGAUUAAGUACUUUUUGAUACAUAUCUUGAAAAAUUGGCUAACUUUGAUAAUUUAGGUAUCAGUUCUGUAUUAAAGUUAUAUAUGGAGCCUUAAGUUAUGGUUUAAAUUACCAUUAGUUACUGUUACGGUGGGGAGAAAUGUUUCUUUCGAAAGCUAUAUGGGUGUUUUGAAUGUGAAAUAUAAUAAUUUCUUUCUUUUAUGUGUAUGUUUUUGAAUUAUAAGAUGAAGUGAUGAAAUUUUCUAUC